AUGCCUCUCCACACCCAGCAACCCAUAGUGCGCGUCGAGCCUAGCUCCAUGCGCACAAUCGAAACCCGCAGCACCGAGAAUCUGUUCGGGCUCUGGUCUGUCUUUGCACGGUGCUCGCCCGCCAUGGAGGACGGCAAGCGCUACGAGAACAUGGCGUGGAGGCUCUGGUCCCGCGAGACCUUCUGCUGCCAGUCAGACUCGCCCUGGUCGUAUGGCCGCCGCCUCUCGAGCAACGCUCCCGACGUGCCCGAACUCUCGACCAGCGUCGCUUCCGACGAGUCCAACCUGGAAAGCGCCAUCACCACGUCGCGCUCCGACAUGUCGGCCUCGCGCCCCGACCUCCGCCGCCACGACUCGGCCACCAGCCAAGCCCGCCGCAAGCACAUCUCGUCGAUUGGCCUCGAAAAGGUGGUCAACUCGAUACAGGAAAAGAAGUUCCUCGAGCCGCUCUCCCCCCUGCCCGCCGACCUCGCCCCGCCCGCCCCCCAGCCAAAGCCUGUCCAGGAGCCGACUCCCCGCAUUGCCACGCCCCCCUCGCUCGCCCGCCCCAUCCCCGAAGCCUCGACAUCGACGGUUGCCACGAGCGUCGGCUGCGACAUGAUGAGCCCGGCACUGGGCUCCGAGGCCAGCACAUCGACCGAAGUGAGCGAGCACAGCGUGGUCCGUGGCUUCGAGCCCGGCCACAUCUCGACGUCGAUACGCUCGAGCACCAACCUGAACCCCACGCCCAUUCUCAAGAAGACGUCGAGCUUCGUCACCAAGCCCCUGCCUGCCAAGGCCGACGCCACCAAGAAGAAGCAGCCCAUGUUCACGCUCGGCGGCUCGUCCGAGGAGGAGAACUGCAGCUCCUUCGAGGCCUACUCCAUGGCCCAGCGCAGCUCCCUCAGCGAGCACCUGCGCAAGGCGGCGCCCAUGCGCAAGACGACGUCGUUCAAGGCCGAGGUCAGCACCCGCACCUUCCAGGACGCCACGUCGGAGAGCGAGGCGGCCAUUGAGAGCGACAGCGACGACGACGUCGACGAGAGCGCCAUCGAGGAGGAGGACUCGGACGACGACGACUGGGAAGACGACGACAACGAAGAGAGCGGCCCUCCCAGCGUUGCCGACCGCACGCCUCUGUUCCAGCGCGUCGACUCGAAGCCCGACCUGACGAGCCGCCGCUCGCUGCUCACGUCUGCGCUGCACCAGGACGACCGCGCUGCGGCUCUCCAGAACGCCGCAUCCCGAUCAUCACCUGCUAUCCGGCGCUUCCGCACGUCGACGCCCAACGGCCCGUCGACGGGAACGUCGCCGCACGAGGACAGUGGUCUGAUGAUGCGCUCGCAAGCGUCGCGCGCCAAACCAAUCAUCAUGACCACAUCCAACGUGCACCCGCAGCCGGCCAUGUCGCCCAAGACGACGCGCCGCAACAUGCUCACGUCGGAACUGACCGGAAGCCUGCGACAGAACCUGUUGUGGGAAAGGCAACAGAAGAAUGCCACUACCAACGCAGUAGCCAAGCGCCAACAGAGCGCUGCUAACCUGCCUGGCCUGCGCCGCGCUAUGACGACGGGCGAUGUCAAGGGCCUCAACAACAACAACAACAACAACAACAACACCACCACCACCACCAACAACGAGCAACAACCCCCCCAAAUCAAAUCCACGACAUUCAAAGACGACACCAAGCCUAGCAGCGCCUACAACCAGUUCUUCGACUCUGGGCUUGGCGACUACCACAAGUCAGGAUGGUAG